ACUCCAAUUCAAAUGACCAAAAUAUUGGCAGCUUAUCCACGUCAUUCUAGUAAAAAAAAAAAUGUCGCAUUUGCAGGUUGAAUUUCUACAACGUCUCAGUAUUAAUAGUCGGCAUGUUUUCAAAUAUGAAAAUGCUGAAUUGCAAGUUAAGGCUAAAGCUUGCGUCCCCCUUACGGAUUUACUAGUGCGUGCUCAACAGAACUGUUCAAGUGAUCCUAAAGCAGACACUCAACUAUUUCGGGAUGCCCUCCUGAUUGAAUUAUUAUCCUGGUUCAAAAACAGUUAUUUUAGUUGGUUUGAUGCAGCCACUUGCAGCACAUGCAAUACAGACAUGCAAAGUGUUGGUCUGGGAGUCCCAAGUGCUGAGGAUGUUCGCUAUGGUGCCAACCGGGUGGAAAAUUACAAGUGUAGCUCUUGUGGGGCUACAGACAGAUUUCCAAGAUACAAUGACCCUGAAAAACUUCUGCAGACCAGAAGAGGAAGGUGUGGUGAAUGGGCCAACUGUUUUACUCUUAUUUGUAGGGCUUUGAAAUAUGAUGUCCGAUAUGUAUUGGAUUGGACAGAUCAUGUUUGGACAGAGGUCUAUUCAGAAAGACUAAAAAGAUGGUUACAUUGUGAUUCCUGUGAAGCUGUUUGUGAUAAGCCCCUUCUUUACGAAGCAGGUUGGGGAAAGAAGCUUUCUUAUGUAAUUGCUUUCUCCAAGGACGAAGUGCAAGACGUGACAUGGCGCUAUGUCCGAAACCAUAAAGAGGUUUUAAAACGAAGAAACCUGGUUUCAGAAGAAUGGCUUCUUCAUCAAACCAACAGACUUUCUCAACAACUUCAAUCAUCUCUUGGUGUUUCACAAAGGGAGGCGCUGACUCUACGACUCAUUGGCGAGUUGACCGAGUUUCUGUUACCAGGAGAAGUCAAGGAAGGUGAAGUGCAAGGUAGAACGAGUGGUGAUGUCACCUGGCGACAAGCCCGCGGUGAAUUGGGGAUGACUCGACCCAAGCACAAGCCAAUUAUUUGGACUCCUUCAGAGAAUGAAAUGAAUAAUGGAGAAUUCUGCUUGGAAUACAGUGCCAGUUUGGACAAGUAUGUUCGUCGCUCAGAUGGAGACACCACGAUAGACAAAUGGACCAAUGGAGUGUUCCAGGCGGAGGCUGUUUUUCGUAAAACAGAAAACGACUGGAAUAUGGCUUACUUGGCCCGCGUUGAAGGAAGUCCGAAAAGUAGCUUGUCUUGGAAAUUUGAUUUAUCGUCAACAAAUCUGGUUAUUCUUCAAGCUACCGUAUCUUGCCCUGGAACAACAUACGAGGAUGGAGAAAUUAUUUGGAAAAUUUGCGGACCGGAUCACUGCCAAAUCCUAGAAAAUGGCUGUAUUGACUUUGAAGUUGAUUUGUCUGGAUCCAAGUGGUGUGUACUGAGCGCCGAGAUGAGUCGCGGUCGAGGAGACAACGCCUGGCAACACACUCAAAUAGCCCGUCAAUCAACCAAAGAGUUGGACCGCUUUCCCCUGUGCCUCCGGAUUUUCUUCGGAUCAGCAGAUUGAGUGAGAUAAAUCCUAAUCAAACUAUCAGCAUGUCGCGGUAUUCUAUUUAAAAGAAGAAGAAAAACACCAAACUGCUUUCAGCACUGCGCUGAUAGAUCUGUUUUUGUUGAUUCUAAGAAAAAAAACCGUUGACCCACUUAGACUAGUUUGCUGAUUGACUAAAUGAUCCAAUGUGGGAAACUUGCCAAAAAAACGAAUUCUUUCUUCUAGAGGCUACGAGUUGUACCGUUUUCCAUGGGGGGUUGUUAUUUAUUCUUUAUUUCACUUUACAAAAGAAAAUUUUAAAUACACUGUGUACAUACGA